CCGAAUCGUCAUCAUCCGAAUGGUCGCUUGAAAGCAUCGAUAUCGCGACAGCCCGGCGGCCACAAAUAACCCAGCUGUUUAGGACCUUCCAGCUGUUCGCAAUCGGGUUCGCGAGACGCGCCAGUCCGGCCACCAUCCACGGCUUCUGGACUCGACUGGUGAAGAUCCGAUCAGCUUCUCUCACCCCGCCGCCAUGGAUCGCGAAGCAGAACAUGGCGGCUUCGACCAGCCGCGACCGCGAGGUCGACCAAACAGACGAAACGCCACUGACAUUGGCAACACAUACGUACAUUUUAUGCACGACAGACGUUCGAAGGCCAGCAGCAUCAGAGGCUUUGAAGCAGAGCGACCCACGCUGAGUUAUGCGGCUUCCAUGGUGCCUCCAGCAGCGCGGAAAGGGAAAGCCGCAGACUCGCUGCCCGCGAAGCACCUACACACAUCCUUCAACAAACAUCGACAUCCUGUGAACGUGGUGAAAUGGACCCCAGACGGCCGAAGACUACUUACGGGCGCUACCAGCGGCGAAUUUACACUUUGGAACGGAACUGGCUUCAAUUUCGAGACUAUCAUGCAAGCACAUGAAGCUGCUGUUCGAUCUAUCGUCUAUUCGCAUAACGACGACUGGCUGAUCUCCGCGGACCAAGAAGGACUGAUCAAAUACUGGCAGCCGAAUUUCAACAAUGUCAAGGAGAUCCAGGCGCACGACAUGCCGGUACGAGACAUGGCAUUCGCGCCCCAAGACUCGAAGUUUGUGACUGCGUCGGAUGAUGCUAGCUUGAAAAUAUUUGACUUUGCCUCCGGCGAAGAGAUCUCAAAGCUCGACGGGCAUCAGUGGGACGUUAAGGCCGUCGACUGGCACCCCUCCAAAGGUUUACUUGUGUCUGGCUCGAAGGAUCAUAACUUGAAACUCUGGGAUCCGCGCUCUGGUCGGUGCUUGACCACACUCCAUGGUCACAAGAACACGGUGAACAUGACGAAGUUCGAGCCCAGCAGAGGCGCAUUGCUUGCGUCCUGUGCUCGUGACCAGACAGUGAGAAUAUUCGACAUCCACAUGAUGCGGGAUGUCUUUCUGCUUAAGGGCAACGAAAAGGAAAUCAACUCAAUCGUAUGGCAUCCAAUCCACUCUUCCAUGCUCAGCACUGGAGCUGCCGACGGUGCCGUUUUUCAUUAUUUGCUGGACGAGCAGAACCCUCCGCCGGGCACAGCGAUAACAAGAUCACCCUACGAUGCGCCAAAUCCCGCGGAUGCACCCGCACAGACGCUGUAUCCAUCUCAUAGGGUGACUUAUGCGCAUGAAUUCAAUGUAUGGAGUAUGGACUGGCACCCAAUGGGUCACAUCCUAGCCACUGGCUCGAACGACAGGGCUACACGUUUCUGGACGCGCCCGCGACCCGGCGAGGGCAGCUUUCUUAAUGACAAAUGGCACAUUGGCCAAACAGCUGCCGAAGAAAAGGGAACAUGGAAGCGAAACGAGCGCCAAAUGCGUGAGGAAGAAGAUGCUGAAGAGCAGGACGAAGCAGAUGGCCUCGAAGAUCAGAAAAUGCCUAGCAGAUCUGCUUUGCCUGGUCUCCCAGGUCUCGCCGGCUUGCCCGGACUCGGUUCCGCCAUGCCUUCACCAGAUAAUGGAAUGCUCGGCGCCGCCCCCUCCAACUUUCCAAUGCCAGAUCCCGCGACUGCUGGCAUGCCUUUUGCCCCUCCGCCGCCCGGGAGCUUACCACCAGGCAUGGACAUGGCCGCUUUCCAGCAAGCUCUUAGUCAAGGACAGAUCCCGCCUGGUUUCCCACCUCUUCCGCCUAACGGGCAGAUGCCGCCGGGGUUUGCGCCUCCUACGGGUAUGCCUGGCAUGCCUCCCGGCUUUCCGCCUCCAGCGAACGGCUUCCCAGGCAUGCCGGUGCCAUCUGGCUCACCUCCAAACGCAAGUGGCGGUGCCGGCAGUGGCUCUGGUAUUAGAAGACGAGCGCCCCUACCGGACCAGGCGGAUGCUUUGAAGCAAGAGAUGGCGCAAGGGCGGUAUCUCAAGCCACGAUAGAUGAGACGAAAUGCGAUCAAUGCUGACGAAAACGUCGGUGCGGACCUGACACCGACAAUUGAACAAGGAACAUGACUCUGAACAUGGCACGUGGGAAAGAGACUAUCAAGGAACUUUGUCACUCGGUCCGACUUGCCUCCAUGAAGGCAUGACUCUGCUGUCUGCAGAUACGACAAUGAAGCUUCUGCGUGUAUGGUAAGUUGAAAACCUUGGAUGGGAUUCGGUGCCGGAGCAGGGUCCUGAAACUUCGAGCUUGGUCACCACUAAGCAGUCACUUACUGUUUCGUUGACGACCUCGCUUGCUGUGCUUGGGGCUAUAUCGCUGACCAAGUAUGCGCGUUGGGACGAGACGCCCUUCAAGAUUCGUCAUGUGGCAGAACGUGGCUUGACAUGCACGAUAUGUUGCGGCCAACGGUGCGUGUAUGCGCGUAUCGAGCUAUUUCUGCAAGUUGAGCUCGUUUCGAAGCAGUGCGUGCUUCAUUCAAUGCACUAGCCUGUUGAACAAAGCAAUACGAAAACAAGAAUGCCACUAUAGUGCGAUGAGAAAUCCAAAGCACCGCAUUCACAAAGCAAUCCAUGAUCAUUCAUCACCGUCC